GUGCCGCUUGUUUGUAGGAAUUAUUUUGAACUAAAUCGCAGCACACAGAUAAAGUUUUAUAGACAUAUAUUUUUCUUCAACACGAACGUUGUAAAAUGGAUCAAAUAUUGAACAAGGAAAACACGGGGAUUAAUUUGCCGACAAAUCCUGUAAAAAAUGGAGCCCCCAUUGGAUCUGUAAUAAAAAAACCUUUAGGGAAACUUGACAAUGUGAUGCAUCAAACUCCUGGUAUAACCCCAUUUAAAAGUAAUUCCGUUAGACUUGAGGGCAGUAUUGCUAAGUUGUCACUUCGGAAAGCAUUUAAACCAAAUCACGUUUGUAAGGACCGAGAAGAAAUUAAUUUUAAAACAACGAAUUGCUUUUUGGGCGCCUACAUGUUAAAAUGCGAACCCCAAGUCAUAAAUUUGUUUAACUAUACUGACUUUCCAAACGAGCAAUGUUUAAAAAAAUGCAGCAAGCCAAUCGCGGAAACAUGGUUGGAAAAUCAACCUGGAUAUGAAGGACUGUUAGAUCAACUUUAUUGCAAUCUUUGCGCAUUAGAAAAUAGUUCGGAAAACGUUUACCUUCCUCCAAUAGAACCUGAUUUUAUUGACCUACCAUGCAUAUACGAACCAGAAAAUAUCGAAACGCCCGACUGUGAAUAUGUAUUAAAUUUUAUUCCGCCUUUGCCCAAUUUGGAGAGCAUUGACAUAUUAUUUUAAAUUUGUUAAGAAUAUCGUUUGUGCAUUUUGUAGUUUAAUAAACCUUUUGCCUAUGUACAUUUUAAGAAUAAAAUUAAUAUUAACACAUUUUA